CUCUUAUUAUGAUGGUUAGCGAGCCCAUAGUCCUUACUUUCACCCAGUCGCAGCUUGAAGGUGCCCGUGCUAAGCGGAUUAAAGCAAAAAAAAAGUAUCGAGGCACCCUCUGCUUCACAAUUUUAGCAUUUUUAUUCGGAAUAGUUGGUGGAGGUCUUAUUGGUUCGACUGCUGGUCGGAAGCGCCGUGGCUCUGAUUUGACCGAGACGGAUGCUCAGAAUGAGAUAGUCCGUAGAGCUGGCGUUGGGAUUCUUGUCACUGGAUCCAUUAUCUUUUUCUUCAUAGUGCUGAAAGUGAUAGGAACCAUGAUGUACAUCAAAAAGCUCCGUGCAACUGAUGCACCCCCGGAGCUGUUUCUCUCUGGUGAAGCCAAGAAGCGUCUGAAAAGAAGUGGGAACUAUCCGAGCAAAUACAAGAUCGUUGUUGUUCCUGAUGACACGCCUACUGACAGCUCCUAGUACCGCUUGCUUCAGUAUCUACGGCUCCUGACCGUAAACAGCCUUUCUACAACAUCCCUGGUGUAUAACUGGUAUCUACUUCUUUUUUCUGUGCCCUUGUUCGAAAUUUGCAA